GGGAACAACUGAUAAGUUAGGUUAAUGUAGGCCUACUCUUUUAGUCCUUUAAACAGCGCUUUCUUAAUUCUCUUUAAAGCAGAAAUCGGUUUUGAACACUUGGCGUUUCCCUCUGUUGGACCGUGUUUUUUAAACUACUUUUUUUUUUUUUCAUACGGCUUCUAGUGUCUUGGCAAUAAGAUGAAUAGGGCGGCUGUGUGAAAAAGUUAAGUAGUGAACUGUAGCCGUAGCAAAAAUACGCCAGCUUAAAAUUCAACACAUUGAAACAUUUUGAAGGUAAAAACUUAUUUUAAAAAUUAAAAGAGAAAUAAAUCAAAUGUAAGGAAUUUUUUUUCCACAUAAAAAAAGAAAUUUAAAAGGAUUUGGGUUAAAAUUAUGGGUUUUUCCAAGAGUUGUCUCACCCUUUCUGGAGUGGCUUCACUUUGGACUUUGGGGAAUCCCAACACUGGAAGAGUGAACAGACCAGUUGUUGGACCUGAACAGUGUGCCAUAACUUUUUUGUUCUCAAUUCUUUUAAUUUUAUUACAAUAUUAUAAGUUUCAACAAUAGAAAUGAAAAAAGAAACACAUCGUUGCUGACUACCCAAACCCUUAAAAGUGCAGUCUUUUGUUUUGUUGAAAAUCUAAAUACCGUACCCAUAUGCUAAAACUUUGGUAACACAAGGGAUACUAUUUUUGUAUCAGAAAUGGGCGUCGUCACAAUAGCUUGGCUUAGGAAAUACCACAAUAUAAACCAAAAUAUUUGAUAACUUGAGUUUCAGAAUGAAUGUAGAAGGCAUUUAAACUAGAAUAUUUUCAUUUGAUGUUUAAAAACCCGGUAGAGUCUGUAUUAAAAAUAUCACAAUUUUCCAUGUUGGUCAAAAUCUCGAAGAGUUUUAUUCAUAAGAGUAUGCCAUUGGUCAGGGAAAGCUUUAAUUAAUUAAUUAAUUAGUCAUGUCCAAAAGUUGAUCGUUCAAAUAUUUUUUAUACCCUCUCCAGAACCCCUCCCCCAAAUUUCAAAAAUAGAAAAUGAGAAAACAAAAACGUACAUUUUAAGUAAACAUAAAUAUCAAAAUCUUUUGAAUACAGAACUAUAGACAGAAGUUGACUUGGGCUUGGGGGGAAUCUCCAUGACCUUUAUACCCUGGAACAAAUCGUCAGCCUUAACACUAACCAAAAAUCAGCCACCUAAAAUUUACAACUUACCUCAAUGAUAAGUCAGUAUCUUUAACUCAAGGCUAAAUUCACCUCUAAAUUAAUUGGCCCCCCCCAGCUUAAUUUCACUCCUAAAUUUAGUCCUCCCUUAUCUUAAGCAUAAAUCUUUAACUCUUUCCAUGCCGAUCGACGAUAUAUUGUUGAUUUGACUGGCUGCAUUUGUGCCAAUAAUUUCUGUAGUUUAUUUCAUUGCCUGCAGCUAUCUAUCUGACUUUUUAUUUUCUCAAAGGAACAAUACCUCUUCCUGCUCCCUUCCUAUUAGUAGUAUGGUGUGUUAACAUUUUUUUCUCGAAUAAUUGCAACUUUUUUUUUAUUUGUGUUGAAACUGUUGUAAACAAAGCAAUUGCCACACCUACUCCAAGCUCAUCAGGUGUUGUCAGACCACACAGGUUGUCAAGUUUACAAGCACAAGAGCUUUUAUUGCGAAUUAUUGAUACAGAAACAUCAGAUCCACCCAAUCAAAGCCAGAGAAAACAUCCAUCAACAGUGCAGACGAGCGUCUUAAGGAAAACAAGCACCUGGUUGAUUUUGACUGGCAUGAUUGACAGCGUGUACAAAAUAACCAGAUGCAGCUGCUAUGUGUGCAUCUUUGUUCGUUAAGGAGUUUUUCCAGAAAGUAGUGCACCGAAACAAAUUUUUACUAAAAUAAACUUUUUGUAUGUGACAUUUGUGUAAAAAUAAAUAAAUGCAAAGACGCUGUUUAUUUUGGUUGCCGUUAACAUUAAAAAAAAAUUGUAUAACUGUCACUAAAUGGAAUAUUUUCAAAAUUUAAAUUGCCCUCUGAUCAUAAAUGUAUAUACUUUCUGAGGAAUGAAGCAGACUACAAUACCAACUACAUACUUCAUAUAGUCUGAUAGUUUAAGAUUUGGUGUACAUUUUUAUAAAACAAAAAUUUGAUCUCAUAAUAUUACCAAUAAAAUUUGAACUGUUAUUGUAAUAUUGUUUUAUCUUUUACAUAUUUCUGUCUAAUUUCCUUUAACUUGCUAUGAUAAAAAAAAACUUCAAUUAGCCGAAAACUGGGCUGGCACAAACAUUGAAACCCCUCUGGCAUGGAAAGAGUUAACCUAAAAUCUAUGACCUAACUUGAACCCUUGAACCCUAAAACCAUGUGUUUUUUGUUACAGUUACAAACCGGUACUACUGAAAAAAUUGUAAAUUUGAAUAAAAAGAUUAAUAUUAUUAUUUUUAAAAUAUUCAAAAUAACGAAAACGCAACUUACACUUACAGUUUCAAUAAAUACACUUUUACACUCUUGAUAAAUCCAAAAGUUGUUAGAAAAGUCGAAAUCCAUUUUACAAAAUUAUCAGACGAUGACCAAGUUAUAAUGGCAUUCAAAUAGGCCUCAUUUUGAAAUGUUAUAUAAUAAUAAAAUAUUAAUUAACCCACAAACGAUGGCAUGCAUCAUUCUGUGGUGUGGAGCUUUUCAGAGCGUUUUGAGUGCCAUUUGAAAUUGCAUUAAAUGACAUAGAAAUAUUGAUACAAACCCCUAUAAGUAUAUAUUUUUAGAAAGGUAAAUGGAUGGGGAUAAAGUUGACCAUAUUGCCCACCCCGUAAAAAAAUUUUGCUCAGUGUCUUUGACCUUGGAGUUCACAAGAAAAAAAAUCGACAAAAUGUUUUGCUUUUAAGUGCUCAUAACAUCAUUAAUUUUUAUAGAUACACUUAAAACUUAAAUCUAAAUGUUGUAGCCAAUUCAUUUAUCUUUAAAAAAUGUAUAGUUUGCUAAGGUUUUGAUUGCAAUUAAACCUCUGAAAUCAAUUUUAGUAAUUUUUAGGUAAUUUAUAUAAGAAAGUGGGACCACUGCAAAAACCAAGUACAAAAUACGAAAUCUCAGGCAGAAUAGUUAUAUUGACUAGUAAACAUUUAAAAAGGAACCGUGGAACUGAUUUGGGUUGUCUAACUAUAAAAUUUAUUAGUUCUGAUCUAUAAUCUGUAGCUUAUGUGACUAAAAUUCAGUCAGUCAUUGCCCAACCUCCGGGCCUGGCUCGAAGUCUAACAGUCACAUCAGUAGGCUUACUUAAGUAUCACUAAGACUAGUAUAAAAUUCAUGAGAAGAAUAAUCUCAACUGAUAUCAUCAUGGAGAAUGUUAAAAUCAUCAUCAGUAUCACUUAAAACCUCUCCUAGAAAGCUUUCAAACAUAUUUCUAUUAGUUCUUGCACUGAAGGUCCAGCCAUGGCUUCAACCAUUUUAGCUUAAAAAAAAACAGUGAUAUAAAACUCCGAUUAAAAAGUAUUUAUUUUCAAGUUAUCACGAAACAGCUUGAACCGGAAGAUGAUUUAAUUAUUAAUAAAAGGACGUGACUAUAAUUCCGGUUAAAUAUUGGAUUUGGAAGUUGCUAUCGGACCGUGUUUUUUAUCGGCCGCCACAGUACAGAACGGGAAUGUCGGUAGAUUUUUUUGGCCGACCACAGUGGGUUAAAUAAAGCAAUAAUUCAAAAAACAUUUCAUCAGUAAUUAAUAUAAAAAAGAAAAUAGUUAACUCUGGUAACAAUCUAUGACUAAACAAAGGAAAGGUCACUCAACAGAAUCUCAGGAACAAACGUCAAGCAUACAUAGUCCCAAACAUCAAAACUGGGAUGACGUAAAAUAUUGUAUAUCCUUAGUAUUGAUUUCCCAUAUUAUGGGAAAUAGCAGGGUCACUAGGUAAGGCAGUUCUAGGAGAGGUGAACCCAGAUUAAAAAACAUUGACUACAGAAUUAGGAAGACAGCAGCCAGCUUGGUUUGAGUUUAUAAAUCAUCUGUAAAAAAUAGCUGCAAGGGGCUAUCAAAAUAUUACAUAUGUACUGAUGGGGUUUUGUUGAUUUAGGAGAUGUUGCGUAUGGGUGCAUAUUGGGAGAGGUCUUGGUAGAAUCUGUACAGACAUUGUUGCGCACAGUCUGCAAUAAUUAUUCUGAACCCUAUUUUUAUUUCGAAUUUAAUAAAAUGUUAAAUAAAAAUCUGAAAUCUUUUUUUUAUGUAAUUUAAUUUUUAAUUAUUAAGUUUAUAAAAAUGUCUCUAGAAUGUUUUGUUCUCAUCGUCAUACUGUUAAGUCCACUCUACUCAUUUGUAUGUUUCGGAAUAUGUGACAUAUUUGUGAUCAAAAUUAUUGUGUUAGGCAUUCCCAGUUGGCUGGUCAAUAAUCUAAAAGUAAAAAGGGAAGAAAACCAGCGACAAAAUUUUUUAUUAUGAUUUACUCUGACUUCUUUUAAUUGCCCUCAGAAUGUCAUGAUUUCUAUAAUUAAAUUUUUUGUAGAGGGGAUGAUAAGCUCAUUUGUAGGUACAUAUGGUGGAGGAUCCUAUAAUAUACUGGUGUGCACAAUAAAUGGAUUAGCCCUUAAUCUUAUCAUUUAAGAUAAAGGUGCUGGAAUACACCCUGCAUGCAAGAAAGAAAAUACAAAUUAGCGGGAAGUGAUAAAAUAAAACUUUUUAAAUGUCGAGUGAUUUUACACUCACAAAAGUAUUUUAAAAUUGUUUCAUAGCUGGAUGUAACUUUUUCAAGUGAACCAUUAAAUCAUCAGGUAUUUGUAGUUUUGUUCAAGAAUUUUUUAAAGUUAUUUAAGAUUUUUUUUUUUAACACAAUAUUUGUUUAUAAAAGGGAUGGCAGAUGACAGGGAGAUUCUCCGAGAGCUCUGGGAGGGAAAAAUUCCAAUUUGUUUCCAGCUUGCCCAAGAAGAGAUUUACACUGUUGAUCAACCAGAUCCAUUUUUUGUAAGUUAAAUGAAAUAUUGUGAUAUUAUUUAUACUUUUUAAAGAAUGUACAGAUUAUUGUUUUCACUAAAUAUUUAAAAAUAUUAGAAUCUCUUAUAUAUAUUAUGCUUCUGGUAGAUUGCUUCCAUUUCUGGCUUCUUCCUAACAAGCUGGCUGCUUCCUAUUCAGCAUAUUUGGUAUUGAGAUCAUAUUACAAGUAAUUAUAUAUGUUUGAAAGAAAGUAUGGUUCAAUAGUGAGUUCAAUAGCGCGCAAAAUAUAAUUCUCGAUAAAGCUAAAUGAUAUAUUUUUUACAAUACUCAACUGCGUUUGGUGCAUAGUAUUUUCUUUUCUUUUUUGGAAAAUGAAAUCAUCUCUAAUUACAUGUGGCGUAAUAAAUAUUCAUUUUCAAAGUGGUAGGGAAAUCAGAAUAUUAAUAUAGUUCAUGGGCGUGAAAUAAAAGGUGUCCAGUGAUGUAUCAUGGGGGGAAAGAGUGUAGCAAAAAUUGGGAUUCUUAAUUGUGCAUUACCAGUUCUUGAGUUCAUUAUUUGUCAAGUAACUUUAGUAGACGGGAAGUUCAAGCAUGACUGUCGCCAAACAACGCAUGACUGUCGCCAAUGUUUGGCCUGCUCUAACUAGACUGUGAAUUUUGAUUUAAGAAAAAAAAGUACAGUGUUUUCAUCACAAACUAUGUUAGAACAUUUCUGUGAAUCUGUUCACUCAUUUGAUCAGUUGGAUGCAAAGCCCUAUACUUUUUAUCUUUCACAGCUCUUCUUCUUUUUCAAUUGCCUAAAUUAUGAGGUAAAAAAAAACCCAAAACAUCCUUUAUUAAGCGGAUGAGAUUAAAAUUAUGUUAAAUUCCUAAUAUUUUAAUGUAAAAUCGUUUAGAGAACAGAUAUAUAGUGUGUGUGUGUGUUUUUGUGUAUAUAUAAUAUUAAUACACACACACAAACACAAAUACACACACACUAAGGAGAUUCACUUAAAAAAUAAAUAUCAUAAUAUUCAUAGGAGAUGAUUUAUCAAUCUUACUGUGUAACAUAAAUAUUUGUUAAUUAAGUGAAGAUCCUCAGAAUCAUAUUGAUACAUGUUGCUCUCUUUAUUACGGUGCAUGGCAGAUCUUGUUUGCUGAUGUUGCCUGUUAACACUUUUUAAAAACAAAAUCUUGUCAAAACUAGCUGCUAAUAAUGUCCUUAAAAUUUUAUAUUUAAAAAAAAAAAAAGAAAUGCUUUGAAAUUGUUUACAUUACAUUACAUACAUUUCUGAAUGGCUUUACUUGAUAAUAUUGAUCGACAGAAGCAGAGAUUUAACAUAUGAAAGAUAGGGAUUUAAUUUCCUCUGUACAAAUGAACACCAUAAAGAAGAGUUGCUGUUGAAGGAUGAAUAAUAUGCAAUAUUUUGAGAUAAAGGCUAGCACACAUAAUUUGAUAGCGCAGCCACAUAAAUAUAGAAAAAAAAUCACACGGUUCCUUCAACUCUAUAAUACAAUUUGGUUUUAUAAAUGAUAGGAUCUUUUGGUUUGAGUAAAAGAAAGCUAUUAAUCUGUUAAAGUUAAAUACCAGCCAGUCACUAUUAGCAGCCAGUCACCAUUAAAAGCCAGUCAUUUUCACCAGUCUCAAAAGUUGGCAACAGUUAGGCCCUACUUGAAAGAAUUAAUCAACUGAGAGUAUUGUGUACAAACUUGACUCUUGAAUUACUGAAUUUUUUUCUGAAAAAAAAAUCAACCAUCCAUUAUUAUCUCUCAACAAAUUAAAACUUUUUUUGUAGCGUUAUGUUUAUUCUAACUUAUAGACAUAGGUACAUUUAUUAGGCAUUAAGAAAAAUUCAAAUUUCCUUAGGAGCAUAAACUGCAUGAAUUGCUUGUUUGUUUAUCUAUACACUGCCUUCCCUCAGUUAGCCUGAGUAAAAUAAAAUGUAAUUAGUCAUUUAACUUGAAGUUACUUUUGAAUGAGCAGGAGUUUUGUGUUCAAAUAUUUCUUUUCACUUUUUAUUAUGACUUGAAGUUUGUUAGAUUCAUUUGACCAUUAAAGGGCAAAAUGUAAAUAAUCUUUUUUUUUUUAAAACUAUUUUUUUAUUAUUUUUUUUUAAAGCUCUUAGUCCCCAGGCUUAGCUACUUUCCAUUAGUCACAGAUAAAGUCCUACGGCACAUGGUGAAAUUUGUUGAACAAGAAAGCACUGAUGAAAUGUGGCUUGAGUAUGAAGGCCAGCCACUGAAAUGGUGUGUAGGCUAUUUCUGUUUUUAAAGAUAAUUUUUACGGCACUAGAUGAAAACUGUAUUUUAAAAACUUGUAUUUAUCAUAAUUUAUGUUCAGCAAGGAAGAUGUCUGUAUGUAAAAUGCAUUUAGUUUUCAUAUUCAAAUAUAGUUUUACAGAAACAUCUGGUCCUCUCCUAGACUUAGUUUAGACCUUAAUGACUAAAGGGCUUAACUAUGAACUCUUCUUGGGGGGCAAUACAAAAAUAACAUUAAAAUAAGCUGUAAUAAAGUAUUUCUGCACAUCAAAGCAGUCGGAUAAAUAAAGACAUUUAAGCUGAUGAGGCCUGAGCAAUAUGUAUUGUUAAAAAUAAUGUUCUAGUUAUUUUGUUUAUGUAACUCUGCUUUGAUAGGAUAAGUGCGUCUCAAGUCGUUAAAGUAACAAAUAGAGAGGAAUUUGAAUGAUUGAUUCAUAAUAAUUUUGAACUUUUCAAUUUUUACAGGCACUACCCCAUUGGUUUAUUAUUUGACUUGUAUGGACAUCAAACUGAACUACCUUGGAAACUCAUUGUUCAUUUUAAGGUAAGCGCUCAACAUGUUAAUCAGGUGAAUUAAAAUUUUAUUUCUUAAAAAGGCAAAAAUGUACAAACAGUUUUGUUUUUUUGGCUUAGCAUGAUGGGUUGUUUAGGACUGGAGGAAUUUGUUAUGAACUGGUGUUGGGAGUAUGAUUAGGUUUGUGCAUGGAAUAAUUGUUCGUCAUGAGUCGGUGAAUAGUUUUGUGAUGGCCAAUUGUGAUUGGUCGGAUUAUGAAAGGUCGUGAAGUGUUAUUGUAUAGAUCAAAUUGUCAGAAUGUUGUAGCUGUCCCUUUCUGCAAUUGAUAUAUGAGUUUAUUUGUGUGGAAUCGAUAUGUGACUUUAUGUAUGUGGGAUUGAUGUAUGACUUAAGCUGUGUGGGAUUGAUGUAUGACUUAAGCUGUGUGGGAUUGAUGUAUGACUUAAGCUGUGUGGGAUUGAUGUAUGACUUAAGCGGUGUGGAAUUGAUGUAUGACUUUAUUUGUGAAAGUGUUGGAUAAUAUUAAUAAAGAAGUUAUUUUUUUACCCUGUGUUGUUACUGCUUGUCGUGAUCUAGUGUAGAUGGAGGGAUGUAAGCAUAUGUUAGACAGAUUGGUUCCCCUAGACAACACUGAGCCUUAAAAUCUGCCUUUCGGGGUUUGUAAGAUUGACAACUUGUUCUUGAAAAAGGAUUGUUACAGUAAACAAUGAUAGCCAUCAUGAGCACUAGCAGAGCCGUGGUAUUUUAAAGUACAGUAUUAAUAGCAUGGGUCAAAUACAGAGGUAAGAAAGAAGGAAAUGGGGCAAUCAAAAUGGAUACAACUACCCCAUCCUCCUGACCUAGUUUUGGAGACCAUGGAGAUAUGGCAGUCAAACCCUCAUGACGACCAUGUUAUAGCGCCAUCAUGUGUUUUAAUGUUGACCCACUGUCGCUUUUAUAUCAGAGAUGCUGACAAAAAAUUUAAUUGUGUCCCGUGGGGCUUUUUGAAACUAGGAUAUUUUAAUAAUGAUUCUUAUUACAUUAAAUAUUUUUUUGUUGCUUCCACAUGGUCCUGUUGAAAUAUGUUAAAAUUUUCUAUUCUAGAAAUUUCCAGAAGAUGAGCUGCUUCACUGUCCAAACAAAGAAGCUGUUGAAUCACAUUUCAUGUCUAUAAUAAAGGAGGCCGACGCUCUCAAACAUCGGGGGCAGGCCAUCAACAACAUGCAGAAGAAAGAUCAUAAAGCCCUGUGGACUGGGUUAAUGAAUGGUCAGUUUUUACAAAGCCCCAUGGACUGGGUUAAUGAAUGGUCAGUUUUUACAAAGCCGUAUGGACUGGGUUAAUGAAUGGUCAGUUUUUACAAAGCCCUAUUGACUGGGUUAAUGAAUGGUGAGUUUUCACAAAGCCCUAUUGACUGGGUAAAUGAAUGGUCAGUUUUUACAAAGCCCUAUUGACUGGGUUAAUGAAUGGUCAGUUUUCACAAAGCCCCAUGGACUGGGUUAAAGAAUGGUCAGUUUUCACAAAGCCCCAUGGACUGGGUUAAUGAAUGGUCAGUUUUCACAACGCCCCAUGGACUGGGUUAAUGAAUGGUCAGUUUUCACAAAGCCCCAUGGACUGGGUUAAUGAAUGGUCAGUUUUCACAAAGCCCCAUGGACUGGGUUAAUGAAUAGUCAGUUUUCUAUGUGAUUUGAUAAUGAAUGAGUAUCCAUCUCUGGUUAAAAAAAAACAUUGAACAUAUCUAAAUAAUGAUUGUAUUUUUGAUGUGGUUCUUAGAGUCUGAUUGUGGAAAUAUUUUUUUUCAGAUAAGUUUGAUCAGUUUUGGUCUGUGAACAAGAAAUUAAUGGAGAGCAGUGGAGAAGAUGCCUUCAAAUCCAUUCCAUUUAGGAUAUAUCAGGUGAUCCUAAUGUUUAAUAACUUGAUUGACACUUUGUCUUUCAUUUCAACAUAACAAUGGUAAUCUUGAUGAUCCUCCUAGUAUGUUUACAUCACUCUACGUGGACAUCUCGUAUUGGUUUAAUCUUAGAUCUAACAUAAACCAUGUCAAGUCACUAAUUUAAACUUGAGGCGGUUUUAAAAAAUGCAUAAUUUCAAUCUUUUAGCUAAUGUGACAUCAGUAAAUUUGUUAGCAAAUAAAUCCCCCAACCUUCAUAUUCAGAGAUCAUAAAAUAAGGGACUUAUGAGGCAAUCCUUUUUCUGAACUUAUUUAAAUGAAUAUUAUCCCUUAACAUAAAAAAAAAAACUAAAUAAAAAACAAAGAAACUGAGACGCUUAAAUAACAGCUAUUUAUAAUUAAUAUCAACAAUUUUAACUCUCUAAAAUACAUCCUCAAAUGUUUCCAAGUGACAUUUUCUUGUCUAGUAUCCCAUAUUUUAAAUGUUUCACAGAGUUUAUGUGUAUCGGUAACUCAUUAACAAAAAAAGAUAGAUAAAUGAAAAUUUGCAUCAAAGUCUAGUCAAGAACCAUCCCAUGAACAUCCUUAAUUUAGCAUGUUCACUUUUGUUGUUCAUACAAAUUUAUGUGCCCACUACAUCUAACUAGUGUCAAAUAUUCUAAGGCAAUAUCAGACCUGGUAACUCCUACGAUUUUGGCAUACAAUCUAUGAUUUAGAUAUUGCAAUUUAAUUUAUAAACAUCAGUCUUCUGCCCUUGGAAGUCACCUUUUUUUACUUUUUUUUUCUUUUACACCAGCUUAACCCGUCAGAAGUAGUUAUUGUAUGCAUUUUAACGUAUGUUUAUUUAUUUACUGUUAUGAUAUAUGGUACGGUACAAUUUUGAGAUGGUAUGAUACUAUUCUGAGAUGAUAUUGUACGAUUUUCCAGGGUUACCAGGUCUGCAGUUUUCCUUCCUUGGUUUUCAAUGUGCAUUAGUGACAAAACAUUAAUUUGACUAGGCCAUAUGUUCUGUUAAACAGUGUUUUAUCUGUAUUACAAGCAGUGUUUUAUCUGUAUUAACACCCAUACAGAUUGCACUGGUCCAUAGCUUAAAUAAAAAUGUAUCAGUGAAGUUAACCAAUGAAAAACCUAAGAAUAAUAGACAUGCAACUGAAUUUCUAUGACAACUAUGGCCUAAAAUGGCCUUUACAACCUCAAUGGUCUUGGAGAACAUUGACGAAACCAUUAAUUCCAUCCACUGUUUCCCACCCAGGUGGACAGCAUUCCUAUUCAGAAGUUAUUUAAGCCAACUGAUGACAACGGGGAAACUCUGACUCUUAGGCAUCUUCUUGGUACAGCUUUGCCUGAGCUUACUGACAAAGGUAGUCACAGAAAUGCUGCAAUUAAUAUCUAAUGAUAUAAUAACAUUAUAUUUAUUAAAACCUAAAGGAAAGUGGAAAGGGAAAGAAUAGACAUGUCAUAGACAAUUUAACAUUUCAUAAUGAAUUUAUAUAAGUUAAAUAAAAAAAAAGAUGAAUUUCAGAGAAGAUGUUCUUGAAUCUUUCACAAUUUGCUCAAUUUAAGUUGAUGAUGAUGAUUGAAUACUUUUAUAGUGCUCGGAUCCAUGCUAUUUUAGCGUACUCGGAGUGCUCUGAUGUCCUAAAAUCUAUUUAAAGAAGAAAGUCUUGAAAUGUUUCUUGAAUGAUUUUUGAUCAUUUUCAAUUCCCCUCAAAGACUGAAGCAAACUGUUCCAUAAUUUAGGUGCUAUAGCUUCAAAAGAGCGCACUCCGUACGACUGCUGUCUGUUUCAAUUCACAGUUUGUGCAGUUUUUAAAUAUAAAAAUAAAAGUUCUUGUUGAUAUCUAUGGUAUGUAAUUGAGAAUGAAUCCGCAAAGUUAUGAGCAUACUUUAACACAAGGGGUUUAUUUGUCUUGUUAGAAUUUUUAAAUGUUGAUAUUGCUUUAUCUCCAGAGCUGUCAAGCCACCACGUUAUAACACAGGGCAUUGAACCGCCUCUUGAAACACCAGCUGCAUGGAUGAGUGAACAUCUAAGCUAUCCAGACAAUUUUUUACACAUAUGUCUUGUACCCAGAACAGAGAACGAGAGCUAG